AUGUUCCUGCCUUUAAAAUGGGCUGGAUUGUUUCUUCGGCCUGGGCAGGCCGGUGUAUGGCCAUGCCUCAUAACUGAAGCCCACGCGAUUCUCUCUAACUUCGUCUUCGCAAAGCUUCAUCGUCUGCUUCCGGACAUUAAGUCCAGACGAGGAUCUCACAGAUCAGGUCUCUCGGUUCAGUCCGUACAGAUUAGUUUCGUGAGGUUCACAAUGCCCUCAGCUCAAGAUCCAUUCUAUGUUGUCAAAGAGGAGAUUCAAGAAUCUAUUGAUAAGUUGCAAUCUUCUUUUCAUCAAUGGGAACGCAUUUCAUCUGAUACUGGAGAGCAAUUACACCUCACAAAAGAACUGAUUGCUACUUGUGGAAGCAUUGACUGGCAGGUGGAUGAGUUGGACAAAGCAAUUUCCGUAGCAGCUAGAGAUCCUACUUGGUAUGGCAUUGAUGAAGUAGAACUUGAAAAAAGGAGGAGAUGGACGAGCACUGCUCGUGCUCAGGUGGGUGCUGUAAAAAAAGCAGUGGAAGCUGGAAAGGAUUCUACUGGCACUAGUGUGAAUGGGAUGCGCCGAGAAUUAAUGAGGCUGGCUAAUUCUCAGGAGACAGAUAGAUCCAACCAGUAUGCUUCACAACAUAACGAUGAUUUCAUAACAUCUGAAUCAGAUAGACAGUUGCUUCUCAUAAAGCAACAGGAUGAGGAGUUGGAUGAACUUAGUGCAAGUGUGGAGAGAAUUGGGGGUGUUGGGCUUACCAUUCAUGAAGAGCUCCUUGCACAGGAGAAGAUUGUAGAUGAAUUGGGUAUGGAAAUGGACAGUACAUCAAAUCGUCUUGAUUUUGUUCAGAAAAAAGUGGCUACAGUUAUGAAGAAGGCUGGUGUAAAAGGCCAGUGUCUUCCGCUAUACACGGGAGGGAUCUGCUUUUCGAAAGAACUAUGGAACACUCGAGUACAGAUAUAUUUACUGGUUUAUCUAGAAUUUGAUGUUGAACAACCGGGAGUUACAGAGAUAAUGUGA